GAACAUGUCAGUAGCCAGGGGGCAUAAUAUGCACUAGACUCCGAGAUUCCAAGGCAGAAGGGACCAUUGUGAUCAUCUCAUCUGACCUCCUGUAUCACACGGGCCUGAGAAUGGACCCCAAAUAAUCCCUCGAGCGGAUCUUUUAGAAAGACGUCCCAUCCCCACCCCUCUUGAUGUGUGCUCCAGGCCAACGACCACCGGCCUGACCUCGCUCAGCCUCUUCUGAGUCUCAAAAACCUGGGGCUGCUGCAGAAUGAGAAACGUGCCAGACCAGAAACAACUCCGCUCCAGAGAGAGGAAAGACGCAAAGAUGAAGGUGUCGUACGUGGCCGCUUUCCUCAUCGGGCUCCUCUCCCUGGAGAGCCCCAGAGCAGCUCGACUGGGCUCCGGUAGUGUAAACACCAGCAACGUAGCCGAUGACACCUAUAAAGACAACAGCCAAAACCACCAGUUCUGGUCAUGGGGCGCCAGGGUCAAAAACAACGGCAACGUGGGCUCAGGCAGCAAUAACUACAACCACCAAAACAACCAAUUCUGGGCAGGGGGCUCCGGUAUCGAAAACACCAGCAAUGUUGGCGAUGGCAGCUUUGAUGACAAGAGUCAAACCCACCAGUUCUGGUCAUGGGGCGCCAGGGUCAAAAACAACGGCAACGUGGGCUCAGGCAGCAAUAACUACAACCACCAAAACAACCAAUUCUGGGCAGGGGGCUCCGGUAACGAAAACACCAGCAAUGUUGGCGAUGGCAGCUUUGAUGACAAGAGUCAAAACAACCAAUUCUGGGCAGGGGGGUCCGAUAACGAAAACACCGGCAACGCAGGCGAUGGCAACUUUGACGACAAGAGUACCCUGGAAUGAUGAAUUAAUAAGAGACACGCUGAUGAAACCAGGUUUGCUGAACACGGCGACAAUGCCAUUACGCUUCCCGUGCUGCUGCCUCUCACCUCUCCUGACCAAUCAAAUGCCACAUUAGAAUCAUCAAUCGGAC